AUGUUCCAAGACCAGAAGUCACUCAUCAAACCAAAUUCUCAAGGAGCUAACGUACGCUUGGAUCGGCUCGAGGCGAUAUUAAUGCGCCUGAAAGCACACCUCACUGCAGUUACCACUAACGGCCCGCGACGAACACCACAACGUCGGCGUACUACCUCCGUUUCCCACACCUGCCGUCCACGAAGUCCAAGUAGCGCCUACUGGUAUCACCAGCAAUUUGGAGGAGCAGCUCGACAAUGUCUUCAGCCAGGCUCUUUUAAUGUAUCUCUAACGGUCUUAGGGAGACGAUCCCACCCGACAGUAGAGGUCACUGCACCUGGAAGCGUUGGUAAUCUUCACACUCACCGUCCGUUUCGCUGGGACCGUAUCGUUAGCGUCAAAUUCCUUGUCGACUCUGGUGCCGAGGUUAACGUGUUUCCACCAACUCCGGCCGAACUCAAAACCCGCAGCACUUUUUGUCUAAUAACUGCCAACAACUCCAGCAUCCCCACCUUUGCACGGCGCUCUAUCACACUUGAUGUGGGCCUUCGUCGGAUUGUCCGACUGGUUUUCAUUAUUGCCGACAUUUUCGUCGCCCUCAUAGGUGCCGACGUCCUAGCUCACUUCAAUCUUCUAGUAGAUUUGAGGAGUCGCCGACUCGUCGACUGCAUCACCAACCUUCAUGCCCGUUGUCCGUCCGAUGUGAGCCCCUGCGUCAACCCUCUCACUGUUAUGCCUGUAUCUGACUGUCCUUUCUGCUCACUUUUCGGGCAGCUCCCCGGCCUGACCAACCCACCAUUUCGAGAAGUGGACAUCAAACACACAGUCACCAACCACAUUUCCACCACCAGACCUCCCAAAUCUUGCCGACCACAUCGUCUUACCCCGAAACGUUUGAAGAUUGCCAAGGCAGAGUUCGAACACAUGCUUGAACUCGGCAUCACCCCUCCAUCUUGUCCCAAAGAAGAGCGGCGGCUGGCGAUCGUGUGGUGA